CACUUCUUUCAACAGCAGCAACAGUAAGUCAGCCACCUCCGUAGCUUGCUAGACAAACUAGCCGAAACAAUAAAGCUCUUUAGACGCUUUAAUGUUUAUUGGCCACUGUGUUUUAAACCCACUUCUGUCGUCUAGUUAGUUGUCCGAUUUAAUUUCAUAUUUACGGUGUUGUUGUUAUUAUUCAGCUAGCGGGCUGGUUAAGUUAGCAAUAGCCUAGCUAGCUAACAUCCCCGACCAUGAGUUCACUAAGCUACUCUCCUUCUGCUAAAGAAGAGGCGGUCUGCUGGACGGAGAAAGAAUCUCUCGUUAAAGAGGUGAAGGAAGAGGAGGAUAUCACAGUAAAACAAGAAGUAGAGGGUGAGGCUGUUACAGUGAAAGAAGAGAAAGACGCUUUCAGAGUGAAAGAAGAGGAUGAUGUUACAGUAAAAGAGGAAGAAAAGUAUUUCAGAGUGAAGGAGGAGGAGGAUGCAUUUUUUGGAGUGAAAGAGGAAGAGGGGGAGAGGGGGACUGUCACAUUGAAAAAGGAAGAAGAGGAGGAAACUGGAUAUCUGGGCCCGGUUUCCCAAGGGCAUCUUAAGGCAUCCAGUGGCUCUAACGAUGAACGUGCCCUGGUUAACACGAGAGAGAGAUGUGACUAUCGUGGAUCCUCUGGGGAGCCUCAACAACAUCAUGAUGCUGAUGAGGCAGAGGAGAGUCUCUCCACAUCAGAACACCUCAAGAAACACCAGUGGAGACCCACAGGAAAGAAAUCUCACUGCUGCUCUGACUGUGGGAAACGUUGCAAAUAUUCAUCAGACCUUAAAAUACACCAGCGAGUACACACAGGAGAGAAAUCUCACCACUGUUCAGAUUGUGGGAAAAGUUUUUCAACAUCACAGAUUUUGAAGCUGCACCAGAGAACACACACAGGAGAGAAAUCUCAUAGCUGUGAUCAAUGUGGGAAGAGUUUUACUACAUCUAGCAAUCUGACUAUACACCAGAGAACACACACAGGAGAGAAAUCAUUUAGUUGUAAUCAAUGUGGGAAGAGUUACUUAAGGUUAAAAUCACUAAAAGUACAUAUGAAAAUUCACACUGGAGAGAAACCUUACCGCUGUGAUCAAUGUGGAAAGAGUUUUGUUCAAUCUAGCGAUCUGACAGUACACCAGAGAACACACACAGGAGAGAAACCUUUUAGAUGUGAUCAAUGUGGGAAGACUUUUAUUGCAUCUAGCAAUCUGACUAUACACCAGCGGACACACACAGGGGAGAAGCCUUAUAGCUGUAAUCAAUGUGGGAAGAGUUUUAUUACAUCUAGCCAGCUGACUUCACACCAGCGUGUACACACAGGAGAGAAACUUUACCACUGUUCAAAUUGUGGGAAAAGCUUCUCAACAUCGCAGACUUUGAAGCUGCACCAGAAAACACACACAGGAGAGAAACCUUACAGCUGUGAUCAGUGUGGGAAGAGUUUUAUUACAUCUGGCAAUCUGACUAUACACGAGCGGACACACACUGGAGAGAAACCUUAUAGCUGUAAUCAAUGUGGGAAGAGUUUUAAUACAUCUAGUCAUCUGACUACACACCAGAGAGUACACACAGGAGACAAACCAUAUAGCUGUGAUGAAUGUGAGAAGAGUUAUACUGCAUCUAGCCAUCUGACCAGACACCAGCGAGUACACACAGGAGAGAAAUCUUUUAGCUGUGAUCAAUGUGGGAAGAGUUUUACUGCAUCUAGUGAUCUGACUGUACACCAGAGAACACACACAGGAGAGAAACCUUAUAGCUGCGAACAGUGUGAAAAGAGAUACUCUCGUAAAAGAUCUCUGAUCAAACAUCAGAAAAUACAUACAUGAAGGAGAUAUUUCAUGAUAUCAAUUAAAUAACAAUGUAGAAUGUUUUUAACAUUGUAGUAGGAGUAUUUUAAGGAAUUUCACACCGUACAACCCUAAACGUUUGCCCCAUUCAAUUGAUUUCAGCAUGAUAUGUAUAUUAGCCUCGGGAAAAAUCCUGGCUCUGAAUUGAAAGAGUGAUUUAAUAAAAAGCGACUAACACAAAAAGAGCUGUGUUACACUUACCAUGUUGGUGACCCACUUGAAUCAAAAUGUAACACUUCAAAAUGUAGCUAGCUGCUUUCUGCAAAUUGUCCUCUAACCAGGGAUGUACACAUUAUUCCCAUUAUUUGUGAGCUGUUAGUUUUAACAGGACGUGCAACCUCAUCUCCCUCCUCUCGCACAAUGGAUUUCAACACGAUAUCGAUGAAUGAUGACAAAUAAGUGUUGUGUACCUUUGUUUAGAGACGCCUAAAUGUAAAUGCAUCACUCCCAAAUUUA